GCGCGUUCGACGCCUUUCGGAUCCAUCUCUCCGAUUUCAACUCCACUGUGUCUUUACUGGAAAAAAAAGAGAAAUUCCAUCAUUUCUCUCGAAAGUGGAAUUCUGGAAGUAGAGAGGAAAAUUCGAGAGGAAUAGCGAGAUGCGUCGCGGAGAGCUUCGCCCCCUCUUCCCCGAUCUAGGGUUUUUGCUAGGGUUUCUUCUCCUCGCCACCGCCCCCUGCGAUGUCUUCGCCUCGAUUCACGAGUACUCCAACGAACCCUUCGUUCCCCGUUCCAAUUCCUUCUUUUUCCACGGUGGCAGCGAGGGCCUCUACGCCUCCGAAGUCAAUCUCAGCUCCCCCAACUCCGAUGGCAAAUCCUUCAUCCGGUUUGAAUCUGUAACUUUCCGCCGAACGAAAGAGUCAGCAUCACGGCAUCAUGAUAUGCAACAGAAUACAGGAUUGAUAGAAGCUAUACUUGUUGAGAUUCAAGACAGGGAUAAGAUUGGUGGUACAUAUUUUAACUCUGAUGCUAUAUGCUGUACCCCUGAUCUACAUGAAGAGAUAUCUUGUAAAGUAGGGGAAGUAAUUAUUCGUCCAAAUCCUGAUAACCCAGACUGGCCGAAACGAAUUCAGACAUUUUUUGAUGGGAGAAAUGAAGAGGCAACUAUGAUGACCCAAACUGCUUUCAUAAACAGCACUGGAAUGUACUACCUUUACUUCAUGUUUUGUGAUCCACAACUUAAGGGCACUGUAAUCACAGGUAGAACUGUUUGGAGAAAUCCACAAGGCUAUCUUCCUGGAAAAAUGGCACCAUUAAUGACAUUCUAUGGUUUCAUGUCAUUGGCAUAUCUUUUGCUUGGUCUUAUGUGGUUUCUCCAAUUUACACGAUUUUGGAAAGAUAUAUUGCAUCUUCAUUACCAUAUCACAGCUGUAAUUGCUCUAGGCAUGUGUGAAAUGGCUUUCUGGUAUUUUGAGUAUGCGAACUUUAAUUCUACUGGAGCCAGACCUAUGGGCAUAACCCUAUGGGCGGUCAGUUUUACUGCUGUCAAAAAGACUGUAUCUCGCCUUCUUCUUUUAGUAGUUUCUAUGGGUUAUGGUGUUGUACGACCAACAUUGGGUGGGAUAACUUUCAAGGUCGCUCUUCUUGGUGUAAUAUAUUUUGUUGCUUCAGAGGCACUUGAACUUGUUGAGCAUUUGGGAAAUAUCAAUGACUUUGCUGGAAAAGCCAGACUGUUUCUAGUGCUUCCUGUGGCUGUCUUGGAUGCAACCUUCAUUGUGUGGAUAUUUUCAUCUCUAUCGAAAACUCUAGAAAAGCUUCAGUUGCGGAGAAGUAUUGCCAAACUUGAGCUGUAUCGGAAGUUCACAAACUCCCUGGCGAUAUCUGUGCUUCUCUCUGUUGCCUGGAUUGGCUAUGAGCUAUAUUUCAAUGCAACGGAUCCAUUAAGUGAGCUGUGGCAAAGGGCUUGGAUCAUCCCUGCUUUUUGGACUGUCCUCUCCUAUGCACUUCUUGCAAUUAUCUGCAUCCUCUGGGCCCCAUCACAAAACCCAACUAGAUAUGCAUAUUCUGAGGAUAUAAGUGAUGACUUUGAUGAGGAGGGAGUUUCACUCACAGGCAGCGGCGCCAAGGGAAUCGGAGAUAUGGUGAAUAGGAAAACUGCAGAUCAUGUAUUUGGGCUGGGAGAUGACCUUGAGGAGGAUAAACGAGAGUGACAUGUCUUUCCUGCAUGGGACGGUGAUUCUGGUGUUGUGGAUUCUGGGAUGGUACGUGGAUGAUACUUGGAUGAUUUAGUUGGAUAAGCUCAACCUGGGAAUGCCACCUAUAGUUGAAUGGGCCUAUUUCAAGCUAUGCCAUUAUUUGGUGCCUUAAUGUGUGCAUGAGAUUAAUCUGUGGUUCAUCAUUGUAAUAAACACUCUGUAUGCUUUAAGAUUAUGUUGAAUUGAAACUCUAUAGAAGAUUAUGAAGGCUUGGCGAAUCAUAUUGUGAUCCAUAAAGCCAACCUUUUUUGCACAGGUUAGGAUGAAUGGUCAACGAUCCAAUUAGAAGUCUCUACAAUUUUCUGGUUUGACCUUAAAAUAGCAAUAACCACUGGUCAAAGGGUCAUACUCAGAGGUGUAUGAAUUGCUGAAUUAGAAUUUGAAGAGGACAGUUGGAUAUGCUAAGUGAAAUUUCUCUACUAGCUGUUCCCUUGGAGAAAAGCAUAUCUGGAUCCGUCGACAUGAACUCUAUUGAGUUCUCUAAAUGGACAGACUGGUUUGGAAAUUAUUUUUGGUAUCUACUUGGUCCUUAUUAAUGAAGAUCUUUGAUCUUUCCAGAAUUGUCUGUGAAAAUAGUGUCGGCUCAACUUUUUCCUUUCAGAGCAAUUAGAAUCCUCCGUUAUUUA